AUGGCUUUAUGUUCAGAUAGGCUAGAGGACCAGCCUUUACAACCUGACCCUGCCGAAAUUACUGCAUUACAUAGUCGCGCCAGCAAAUACUGGAGCCAUGAGGCGCAUUCAGCCUUGAGUGAGCUCGAGAGCGGGCUCGACUUCAAAGGUUUCGAGCCUCGCAAUAUGCUCGGCCGAGUACCACCCCUGCCUGAUCGUGUCCAAUACGGCCUGUUGAAGCCAUCGCUCCUGUCAACAAAAUGGCGCGUGACCGGGUCCAAAGAUUGCGACGUCAUUGGAAUGCCUCUACACAUGCCUCCAGUUCCUCUGCGAUUGCAAACCAGCUCUCCGACUACUGUGUUCCUAAGUGGUAACAGCUUCCGCAACUGGAUUGAAUGGGAAGGGGAUGAUCAGCCAAAUCUUCUCGCAGUAUUGAUUUUGGCCUGGUCAUACAUAUUAUCUGCUCGCCUGGUGGAAUUGCAAGGCAGUGAUGUGUCAAUAUUGAGAUUUACGGAAACUGCUGCUCCCGUUUCUCGAGGCGAUGAAAAUCUGUCGAGCAUUUCUGUGGACAUUGGGGGCGUCGACUCAAGAACGGUGCGAUGGUUUGCAGCUAUCCUGGCCCCAGGUGUUGGCUUUCAGAUUGCUCUCGAUCGAGAACAAGCCUAUAGCCGUUACGGCCCUUGGGCAUAUUCGCUGGCGAUGCAUGCGUCUCGUUUCAGCAUCAAGUGCAGAGAUGAUCAUGAAGAUCCGAAGAUUAGCAGUGACACACCUCUGACCUCUUAUCAAGCACUGCAGAGCUUAAUUGAUUUCGGCAAUCGAUAUGGUGUGAGCAGCCACCAGCUUCAUGCAGCCCUCGCUACGGCACUACUAUUCCCCACGCUCAAUUACCUUCAAGUCAAUCCAGCUCUCCCCUGUCUUGCAGCAGGCAAUCCAAAAGCUUCUCAAGCAAGGAUCGGUAAGGAGGCUUUAGAUCGAUUAUUCAACGACCUUCCCUAUUACAUUACACUGAGCUGUGGGGGCGAUGUGAUCAUGUCAAGUCUGUGUGGGGUGUUCUGGAAUCCUCACAUACGCAGUAACCUCGUCAGUCCCUGGUUACAGCCUCUCCUGGAUCUGAAGAAAACGAAGAUCUGCCAAAGUGCUCCUGGAAGAUACAAUGAGAUUCUUGCUGUAAUGAGCGCCCGGCGCGCCCCAAAUAUUGCCUAUCUAUCGGUGGGUGCUGCAAUCAGCGGCUUGACAUCAACGGUCCUGGAACAGGUUCUCACUGGGCAGCCUCCUCUGGAACGACAUGCUUUUGCGUGGACUGGGGUUCCGCAGUCAUUCAUGGACCUUAUUGGAGAAGGCAAGUACUGCGAGAAGCACUUUUCUAAAGCAUACAUCCAGAGAAGUGAUUGCUGGCGUCUUCGGAAGCUUCCUCCAAUUAUCGACGAUGAUUUACACUAUGGGGUUGGCCCAUUCACACCUUGGGCGCCUCCUGGUUAUGCGCUCUGGAAGAAUUGUCCGCUCAGGGUACAAGUUCAUAGGAACUGCGAACAACAUGCCCUGGCAUAUGAAGGUUCGACGUGGUGCUUUAGCAAUGGUCUUGUACUGGAGGACGAUCUGGGAAGAGACUCAGUGAUUCCACAUAUCCCCGAAGACCGUCUAUCUGAAGACCCCAAUAUCUCCCACGACCUCCAACUUCUUGACAUUGAAGAUGCGUCUAUUGAGGCCACGAGAGCUUCGUUUAGAUGGGUUCUAGAUAACGGUGAAGGAAGGCCUCCGGAAGAUGCAUAUAAGGAUGCGUGGCUGCUUGGCAUUGAGGAUGAGGACUCAGAAAGCGAUGAGAUGUCCUCAUAUGGUGGUAGCUCCGGUGAUGGAGGAUCUUAA